AUGCCAGCAAAAAGAAAGAUUGUGAAGAAAAAGCCUGAAAUUCCUGCUGAAAAACUAGAAAAUCAAGAAGAUGAAGCUGAAAUUUCAGACAAAGAGGAAAAAGCUGAAAUUUCGGGAGAUGAAGCUGAAAAUGCAGAAGAUGUCGAAAAAAAGCAGCGAAAAACCGGAGUUGUAUAUUUUUCAAUGAUUCCCCCAAAUUAUAAUGUGGCAAGAAUGCGAGAAUAUUUUGAGAAAAUUGCGCCGGGAGAUGUGGGAAGAAUUUAUUUGGCGGUGAGCAAGGAUUAGGUGUUUUGAGGGAAAAUGAGGUUUUUCAAUUGAAAAUUUGUGAAAGUUUGAUGAUUCGAUCAACUUUUAACCUGGAAAUGCGUGGUUUCACCUGAUUUCCUUUCUUGUGAAAUUUCAGAAAUUCUUACUAUUUGUCUAUUUUUAACUAGAAAAUUCGAAUUUUCAUCUGACAUUUUUUAAAUCGGGAAAAUCAUGGUUUUGAUGUAAAAUUUGAGAAGAACUAAUUAUUUGAUGAAAUUUUGACUUGAAAAUCUGAUUUUUGAUUAUUUCAUUUAUUUUAUCAAAAAAUACUCACUGUUUCAAAAAACUUCCAUAUUUUGCAACUAUUCCGCAUUACAAUAAAUCAGCAUAACAUAACUCCAAUACAAUUUUUUAAUAUCAAAAUUGAAAUUUCAUCAUAAUCCCGAUUUCCUGAAAAAUGUUUUAUUCCAGAAAAACAAAGCGUCAAAAUCGUUGGCAAAUAGAUAUUCAGAAGGUUGGAUGGAAUUGAAAAAGAAAAAAGUGGCAAAAGCAAUUGCUGAACAAAUCGAUAAUACUCAAAUUGGCGGAAAAAAACGAGAUUUUGUAUCGAGUUUGUAUUGGAAUAUUCGAUAUUUGUCCGGAUUCAAAUGGGUUCAUUUGACUGAACAAUUACAGUAUGAAAAAGAAGUUGAAAGAAGACGAAUGAAUGUUGAAUUAGCACAGGUUAGAAAUAUAGAAGAAAUUAAGAAUUUUGGGGAUAGAAAUUUGAGAGAACACGGAUAAAUUGAGUCAAAAUUCAGUCAAAUUUGACAAGAAUUUUGAAAAUUCUAUUUUUUCAGCCUCAAAAUAUUGAACCGAAAAUUGAGAAUUUAUAUGAAAAUUGAAAAAUCAAAAUUUAAAUUGUCAAUUGUUUUCCUGAAAACUUUAAGCCCAAAAGUUAUGAAAAUUCAAAGAAAUAUAAUUUUAAAAAUCAAAAAAAUCUCUGAAAAAUCGUCCAACAUUUUUCUAGGCUCGUCGAAUCGCCGCUCACUUCGAAGAUCAAAUCGAAAAAGGCCGAAAUUUGCGAAAAUUGGAGGAAAAAGUGAAAUCGGCUGGCGGAAAAUGGACAAAUUUCGAACGAGAUGUCGAACAAAAGAAAACAUUUGCCAGAAAACCGAAAAAAGAGCGAAAAAAUACGACGGUGAAAACGGAAAACACCGAAUUAAUGAAUAUGAUUUUUCAGUAA